CUGUUAGGAGCGCGCCUGUGAUUGUCGAGAGUGAGUGCGCGUCAAAAAACUUGACUGCGCCGUAUGCGCGCGCUACUCACAAGAAAUGCUUGUCUGCUCGGCUUAUUUCUCUCCACCUUUCAGAUGAGAAAGGGCUAUAUAGGGAGAAGGGGAAGAGGUUGUUUAGGGAAAUAAAUUAGCUUCAAAACCACAGAAAGCAGCCACGGGUGGAAGGCUUUGGAUUGGCAAAGGGGCAGAGCAGAUACUAGAAUACAUUAAACCCGAGUCAAUCCCGUUCCAACGGGCAGCGUUAUAAUCAUACCAAGGUCAAUACACCGAACGAGCGCACCAACCCACGUAAUUUAACGUAUUAGGCUGGGUACUGAAUUCGGAGACGGGGAAAUCACCACCAGAAGCUGAAGAUGGAGGGGGUGAUGCAGGGGAUGCAAGCAUACGGAGCGGGGAAGGCUGGAGGAGCCUUCGACCCUUUGACGUUCUUUCAACAGCCUCAAACUAUCCUUCGGCUUGUGUGCUGGCUCUUCUCCAUCGUGAUCUUUGGCUGUAUAGCCAACGAGGGCUAUGUGAACCGGCCUGACGAGAUUGAGGAGUUCUGCAUCUUCAACAGGAACCAGAAUGCCUGUAACUACGCCGUGGGGAUGGGCACCCUAGCUUUCCUAAGUUGUGCUGCCUUCCUGGCCCUGGAUGUCUACUUCCCCCAGAUCAGCAGCGUCAAGGACCGCAAGAAGGCUGUGCUUGCUGACAUCGGAGUGUCUGCAUUCUGGUCAUUUGUCUGGUUUGUGGGGUUCUGUUUCCUGGCCAACCAGUGGCAGGUUGCCAAAGAGGAGGACAACCCUUUAAGGGAGGGCGCGGACGCAGCCCGAGCCGCCAUUACCUUCGCCUUCUUCUCCAUCUUCACCUGGGCGGUGCAGGCCUUCCUGGGCUUUCAGAAGUACAAGCUGGGGGCUGACUCGGCCCUCUUCUCCCAGGAGUAUGUUGACCCUACCGCCGACCCCAACGCUGCGGCCCCCAUGGGCACUGACUACACGGGCUACACCGCCGACAUUGACCCCGCGGCCAGCACAGAGCUAGCCUUUGAUGGCUCCACUGGCUACCAGGGCCAGGAGUACUGAGCCAGAGGGCCAAGGGAGGAGGAGAAGGCCCAGGGAGGGGUAUUCGGCAUCAGGGGUGGUUUAAGGGGACAUGGGGUGGCUUAAAGGUAGCCAAGUCCCAGAUCUGUUUGUGGUAGGUGUGAUAAUGAAAUACAGAGCCUUCAAAGUAUUCAAACCCUUUGACUUUUUACACAUUUUGUUGUGUUGCAGCCUAAAUUUCAAAUUGAUUCUAUGUAGACUAUCACUGGCUGACACACAAUAGCCCAUAAUGUCAAAGUAGAAUUAUGUUAUUAGAAAUGUUGACAUUAAUUUUUAAAAAUAUAUAAUUUAAAGCUGAAAUGUCUUGAGUCUGUAUUCAACCAUUAUUUCUUUUAUGUCAAGCCCAAAUAAGUUCAGGUGUAAAAAUGUGCUUAGUUUGAGCAUGGGGCAGUUAUUAAUUGGAAUUUGCAUGCUGUAUCAAUACACCCAGUCACUUCAAAGACACAGGCAUCCUCCUAACUCAAGGAAUCAUCUCAGAGAUUUCACCACGAGGCCAAUGGUGACUUUAAAACAAGAGUUUAAUGGCAGUGAUAGGGGAGAACUGAGAAUGGAUCAACAACAUUGUAGUCACUCUAUAAUACUAACCUAAAUGAUAGAGUGAAAAGGAGGCCUGUACAGAAUUUAAAUAUUCCUGUUUGCAAUAAGGCACCAAAGUAAAACCUGCAAAAAAUGUGGCAAAGAAAUUAACUUUAUGUCCUGAAUACAAAAUGCUAUGUUUGGGGUAAAUCCAACACAAAAUAGCACUGACCACCACAUUAUUCAUAUUUUCAAGCAUGGUGGUGUCUGCAACAUGUUAUGGGUAUGCUUGUCAUCGGCAAGGACUAGGGAUUUUCU